AUGAAGACUCACUUUCCUUCCGGUGCAAGCGACGAAAAAGAAUCACCAAAUCGAGACCUCUCUUGCUACUAUGGCCUGAGAGAAAACCCGAAGAAAACCCAGAAAUUUGCGGGGUCGAAUUCUUCAGAAGCUUCGAUGGAUCAUCACUCGGGCACGAGGAAGAAUCUGGUUCGAUGCAAAGAAUGUGGAAAAGGGUUUCGGUACGACAAAUGCCUGACGAAUCAUCGAGCUUGGAUGCAUUCGGGGAGCCAGAGCGCUUCUGAAGAAUCCAGAGCGAGUCUGUGUGGUUUCAGCCUCGUGAGAAGGAAGAGAUCGAGAGUGAACAGGUACAAGAAAACUCGAUUAUCUUCCUUCAUCACAUUUCCAGAAUAUCUUUCUGUUUCUGCAACCGAAGAAGAACUACAAGUUGUGGAAUGUCUGAUUCUCUUGUCUGAGAGUGGCGGGAACGUCUUGGAUGGUCUCAAACUCGUCGGUGAAGCUCUGGAAGCUCACUCCGAGACUCCUGGAACUCAAGAUUCUUGGAGUUGCUUGAGCAGCAAGAAACCGAGGACUAGUGGUGAAUUCGAUCAUGACGAGACUUGCAAAGAUAAGAACACGGGCCAAGGCAGUGAAUCGGAAAAAGGGUCUCGGGAUAAUCACCAGAAGAACCUCGGAGAAGAAGAAGAAUCGAAGAGAAUAAUGUGCUUGGAUGAUGAUGCUGAGGAACCCGGAAAGAGUUCACCUCAAGUUGCAGGUUCCAGUCCCGUUCUUGCGCCUUGUUCGGAUGAAAGGAGGAGUUUCGAGCACAGAUGCAGGACCUGCGACAAGACAUUCUCGUCUUAUCAGGCACUGGGAGGGCAUCAGACGUUGCACAGGAUGAGAAACAAGGCUGGAUCUGGGCAGAAAACAGAGAGGCGAAGAGAGACAGGGGAGCCGAAUGGUUCAUCAGUGGAACACAAAUGCAUCAUCUGUUCUAGGGUUUUCAAGUCUGUUCAUGCCCUGGGAGGCCACAAGAAGUGUCAUCACCUGAGAAAAUCUUCUAAAGUUGGAGAUUCACGGAAUUUGACAGAGGAGGAGACGUAUUUCGGUUCGAACAACGGAAUCGAUCUCAACGUUCCGAUUGCUUGCGCUGUCGAGCAGGUCUAA